AGACCUACGAGGUGGUCGUAUGCAUAAACUGCAAGACAGUAGUUGUUGGUCUCCAUUUCUCAUUUUCUCUCUCUAGAUUUUUUGAAAUUCUCUCUCUAAUCUGUAGCUGAACAGCAAACCCUAAUUUUUUUGUCAGCCAAUUUUGACAUUCACUUAACAAUGGGUUCUGAAGGAUCAAGUGUUGUUGUGCCCAGGAAUUUCAGAUUACUGGAAGAGCUUGAGAGAGGGGAGAAGGGGAUUGGAGAUGGAACUGUCAGCUAUGGAAUGGAUGAUGCUGAUGAUAUUUUGAUGCAAUCAUGGACAGGAACUAUUAUUGGACCCCCAAGUACUGUUCACGAGGGUCGUAUCUACCAGUUGAAAUUAUUUUGUGGAACAGAUUAUCCAGAUAAUCCACCAACCGUAAGGUUCCAGUCCCGCGUAAAUAUGACCUGUGUCAAUCCUGAAACUGGAGCGGUCGAACCUAGUGUAUUCCCUAUGCUUGCUAAUUGGAAGAGGGAGUACACAAUGGAGGAUAUAUUGACUCAAUUGAAGAAAGAAAUGGUGUUACCGCAAAACCGGAAGCUUGCUCAGCCUCCUGAAGGAAACGAAGAGGGAAGGAUGGAUCAAAAAGGGCUUGUGUUGAAGUGUUGUAUUCUCUAAGCUGUGUGAACAAGAAACUGUAUAUAGGUAAUACACUAUUCCUCCUACUGGUAUGUAAUCUUGUGUAUGAUGAGAAAAAUGACAUGGUGGCUAAAAUAAUUAUAACUCGAUGAAUUGUCCCACAUUUUUAACAAUUUAUAUUUGCUGUGCCAAUUCUAAUAGCGUAAAAACACUCCCCUUUUAUUU